AGAAUUCUGCUGUACGAUUGUAGGGUGCGUUCGCAUGUGUCUGCCUUGGAGGCCCCGGUCUCGAUACAAUCCCUGCCGUGCUAUUAUAAACAGUUUGGUCCUCGGAAAUAAACUUUGAUAAACUGUUGACCAGUCUGCGUAAGUUUCGAACUCGCCGCUGGAGGAAGUUUUUAUCCAUAGACAGCCUUUGGGAGCGGGUGUGUGUGUGUUUGUAGGUGAGGCAAUAAUAUCGCCACUGGACUAAAGAUUUUAACCCGAGAAAAAACGGCAAAAAUUCAAAAUGUCUGCUGACGGAUGUAUGCCAGAUUUAGACGACAUGAAGGAUGUAUUUGACCUUUUCGAUUUCUGGGAUGGUCGAGACGGGCUAAUAGAUGCCUUUAAAGUAGGAGACCUUCUUCGAUGCUGUGGUCUUAACCCCACGGACACGCUAGUCAGAAAGACUGGCGGCACGAAAAAAAUGGGCGAGAAACAGUACUCUUUCGAAGAAUUUUUGCCAAUUGUUAAACAAAUUGUGAAAGAGAAGGACACAGGAACGAAAGCGGAGUUCAUGGAAGCCUUCAAAUCGUUCGACAGAGAGGGCAUGGGCUUCAUUUCCUUGGGAGAGGCACGCCACAUGUUAACAGCAAUAGGUGACCGAUUAGAAGAUAGAGAAUUGGACGACAUUUUAGAACUCACAGACAUACAAGCCGAUUUGGAUGGCAAUAUUAAAUAUGAAGAUUUUAUCCAGAAGGUGUUGGAUGGACCAAAGGGAUGUUAGAAUCAUUUAAUGCUACGCAGCCAGUGAACUGAAUGAUAACCAUGUUGAGACUUUGGAUACCGAGGCUACAUUUCGGAUUUUGUUCAUUAGUCGGCCGUAUUUCGUGGAAAAAAUGAUAAAAUCACAGACAAUAUUUUGCUUCAAAUAAUAUGGAUUGCAUUUGUGAUUAACGUUGCAUUUCGAAAAAAAGAAAUACAUUUACUAUAUCUAAUUUCUUGUUCCGCGAUAUUUGAAUUCUUGUUGACAAUAUCAGAUAGUACAAUACGACCAGGACUUUUUUUUCUGAAAAAUAAGUUGAUUAUGAUCUUAAAGAAAUUUAGUAUUUUCCUUGUCUUUUCUCAUUUUACCAACUGAACUACAGAAAAGAACAAAUAUCGGUUUCGGUUCGUCAACAUGAUGAUUGGCAAAAUGACAAUAGCAUCUUCUUAUUGGUUGGAAAAUGUUUUUUUUUCCUUUUCUUUUUUCUUUCUUUUUUAUUCGAAAAAGGAAAUUUAGCGGUAGCUAUCAUUCUAUCUAUAUAUUUUUCAGAUUUAAGACAAAUACCAAUUUUUAUACGACUCUCUUAUGAACAUUAUGUCUAAAGUUGGAACAUGAUUACCCAAAAACAACGAUGGAAAGCAGCCAUUAGCCAUUUUGCAUUAUGAUAUCUAAGAGAUUGGUAUAUCUUUAUUAUAUACAGUAUAUAUAGUAGCUUAUAUUAAAUGCAAAUUAGGAUUUAGAAAGAUGUCGUUAGUUUUCUGUUUUGAGAAGUGUCUUUAUACACUUUUACAUGUUUAUGCAUUGAUACGAUAUCUCAAUGUAAAUGUUAUUAUACAUAUAUAUAUAUAUAAUAUUUAUUUUAAAUGUCUUAAAGAGCCCUGCGCACUUGUAUAUAAUUACAAAUUUCUCAAUAAUAUUUUAAACAGACGGGAAAUCAGUGUUGGGCAUUUUUUUCUAUUUGUUUUAUGUGUGUAUAAAACGCUAUCUGCUUUGUCAGGUAUGUUGAAUGUGUUUAUCACACCUAGAAUAGAAAAUCAACCAUAUUUUUGUAUAAACCACGCGCGCAAAAAUCACAUUGAUUUUGUGUUCUCGGCGUUUGGUGUAUUCUAUGCUGACAUUCAAUCAGGCGUGCAGAGGAAAACGAAACAAGGUUUAACUUUAUAUGGCCAUGCGUUUCGUCAUUUAGACCUAUUAAUUAAUUAUACAGUUACUGUAAAAUGAUUAAUUUUCAUGAGUUUUAUAUUUUCCUUUAUUCUGUGGGUUCUCUAGUGAUGAGUUCAUGUGUCCAAAAAUUACUUAGAUAUUCAGCAUUUUAUAUGGAUUCAUUGCCAUGAUUUAGUCUGCAAAUAAAGUAUGAAAUUAUGUUUUUGACACCACCGAAUUUUAAAAUGAACGAAAAGACCUGAUUUUACAGCAAUUCGUGUAAGAAAUGAUGCCAUGCAAUAAGUUUUUUUUUUAAAUCAAUACACUGAAGCGAUCAUAUUUCAAUUCAAGAACAAUAUGUCAGACUGUUUUUUCUCACUUUUCUAUAUUUAGGUUCGACUUUAUGUUAUAUAUUAUUAUCUUUUACUUAUACAAUUUCAGCUCAACAGUAUUAUUUCGUUUUGACAUAUGUUAUCAUACUCGCUAUCAAAGAAACGCCAAUUUGUUUAAUCCAGACAAAUUAUUUUUAAUAAAACAUUUUUUUUUUCCAUUUUGCGCUGUUUUAUCAUUUUAUGUUCAUUCAUAUUUUCUUAGAUUCUUAUUUUGACUUCUUAUUAGUGUAUCCUUAUUUAAGAAAACAAAACAGACAACUGUAAAUGGCGCCUUGUAUUUCUGAGGAGUUGAUAAAAUAUUUCCCUGCUAUUUCAUCCUAACUGGAACAUCUUAUUUGUUUAAAAACUUGUCUUUCAGAAAUUGAAUACAAUGGAAUGUUCUGAAAGAAAGCACAUUUUGGAUACAAUAUUUGCUUACUGCAAUUUACAUAUUUUAUUGAUAACAGUUCACACACAUAUAUUACAAUCACAAACAAAUAGUGUGUAUCUUUCAUAGACAGUAUGUAUUUAAAUGGUCAAUUUUAUUAGAAUUUACGAAACUACGGUUUGAAUGUUUUCUACAUAUCUAUACCGACGUUUUUGCAAUACAAUACAAAUUACUUGUAGAUGUAGGUGCUUUAGUUGUCAAUAGCAACAUUCCUAUUUUAAUGUUUGUCUGCAAAAUAAACUGAAAACUGUA